CUGCAGUUUUUAAUGCAAAGCACUGUGCUUGCAGAAGAUCCCCUCUCCAUCUGCAGAUCUACUACAGUGCUGUGGUGUGCUUGAGUCCAUAUGGUAAAUUGCCAAUGGUCCGAUGCGCGCUGUACGGCAUCAUAGACUCAGUUCAUCUCCAACAAGUCAAGCGUGGCCUCAUCGACAUCCCUGAGCGCCGAGAAGCUUUGGCUUUUCUUCUUUUUUUUUUUUUUACACAAGCGAUGUAUAAUUGCAGCAACUGACGAUGCGCUAUAGCGGGGUUCGGGGAACUCCGGUCCGAGGGAAAAUGCACUUACGCACUCCCAUUCUCAUGGGGUGUGUGGGAGCUUUGGCUUUUCGAGGCCUAGCAUCGUUCAUGCUAUUCUGGCUUGGCCGCUCCGUCUACACUGCCAGAAUGCUCAACACACUGACUUCCCGCUGGCCCAUCAUUCGCGAAUGGCUGCUUUUCCUCGAGGCAGACUACGCGUACAAAGACAGCAUUGAUAGAACCAUGCGUAUCCUUGCUAAGCGAGCGAUCGUCGACUUCUUACGUGCCAUCUGCAGGCAUGAUAUGCUCGGGAACUCGCUUCCUAUCGUCCUGUCUAGCCCAGGAAUCGUGUCUUUGUUGUUCAGUCUGUGGGAUUUAGAAACAAAAGGUUGUCAUUUCAGCUCCUGCGUGGAAGACGAUGACAUCCCUAGUCCCCCUCCGAUUAUCCGCACUCCAGCUAUUCUAGACUCCUGGAUGUGCACAUUUUCUGAGACGGAGACCUGGAAUUGGCAUGAAAUCAUGCGCCCGUUCGACAAUGACGGAGCGAGGAUUGCUGCAACAGCUCUUGAUCAUCUGGAGCACGACCUCGCACAGCACCCCAUCGAUAACGACUUGAUUAUCCACCUCCUGACCUCCCUUUCCGUAAACAACACAUUCGCAUUCCGUUACUUGUACAACACUCCAUGCAGAAAACAGCAGACGUGACAAGUUGCCACCAUGGUAUCUCAGCGGCCCCACUCCAUCAAACAACGUCACUUAGUGGCCAAGGCUAUUUCGUACGCAUGCCGGUAUAUCAGGGCGUAUGUAGAAGACACGGAUGGGCUACCCUGGAUUUCUGAGGUCCUCGAGGCAGGCCCACUGCCCUCGUUGCUAGUGCUUGAGCCGUGGGUAAAACACCUCAAGGAUAGUAAUGACGAAGACUAGGAGCC